AUAUCCUUGUCUACUGCUACAGUUGAUGCUGGUGACACCUUAAAACUGUGUAAAGAAUGGCUUUUACCUGAUUGUUGUAGAGGUACUGAUGUCAUCUCUGAACACAUGUUUUUUUAUUAUGUGGGCAACCUGUUGUAACUGGUUUUGUCUGGAUGGACAACCUGAGGAGAUGCAGCAGCGGCCGCAGCAGGGUGCCAGACCCCAGGCGUAUUCCAACCCAGGUUACAGCUCCUACCCUUCUCCUACAGGUUCUGAACAGAACUGUAAGGCAUGUGGGAUGCACUUUGAAAAUUCCUCCAGGAAGCACAUCUGCUUUGACUGUAAAAAGAAUUUUUGCACUUCCUGUUCAAGCCAGCCUGAAAGCAGUCCCCUUCUCUGCCAUCUCUGUCAGCGGUUCCAAGCCACAGCGUUUCAGCGGGAGGAGUUGAUAAAGAUGAAGGUGAAGGAUCUACGAGACUAUCUGGCACUCCACGAGGUUUCCACAGAGUUGUGCCGUGAAAAGGAAGACCUGGUGUUUCUGAUUCUUGGGCAACAGCCUGUAAUCACCCAGGAGGAUAGAAUACGAAUCCCGCCGUUAAAUUCUGGCACAUCUGGACAGCAAAGCUUUGUGAUUCUGCCAGAGACCAGCACAGCAUCUUCUACCUCACAUGGAGAUACCUCUCCAGUGUCUGCAGACUCCAUCUUGAGUCCAAUAACUCAGGAACAUCAACAGGCAAAUGGGCAUGUGCCUCCAAGCCAAGACGAUAUGACAGAAAUUGAGAAUGCAGCAGAAGCACCAACAGAGGAGGAGACACAGUCUGUUGACUCGGAGGAUAACCUGGUACAGGGACGGAGGGCCUCUCUUUCUGACCUAACGAGUGUCGGAGACAUUGAUGCACUCUCUGUGCGACAGCUGAAGGAAAUCCUGGCUCGCAACUUUGUCAACUAUAAAGGCUGCUGUGAGAAGUGGGAGCUGAUGGAGAGAGUGACCCGUCUUUAUAAAGAGAAGGACCUUCAGCAUCUGGUUUCCGACACGGAUGAUCAAAAUGUUUCCUCAGGCAGUGCAGGGCUCCCUAGCACUGAAGAGAAUCUCUGCAAAAUCUGCAUGGACUCACCCAUCGACUGUGUCCUGUUAGAAUGUGGCCACAUGGUCACCUGCACCAAGUGUGGAAAGCGUAUGAGUGAGUGUCCCAUAUGCAGGCAGUAUGUGAUAAGAGCUGUCCAUGUAUUUAAGUCCUGAGUGAGCAUGAGGAAGACCAGUGUUGCCUUAAAGCCUCAUCCGCUGUUAGAGAUGGUCAAAAACCUCUACAGGUAGGUCAGAGACUGGCACGCAGGACCUCACAAGAAACCUGAAGUUCACAGGCGAGAUGAGGAAAGGAGAAAGCUUGGGGAAUUGUUCUGAUUAAAGCCAUUGACUGGCUGUGCCCUUCACACCACAGUGCUUUACCCUGCAGUACCUAGACUCCAGGAGCCCACCGUCAGCAGCAGAGAUGGAAAUAAUUAACAGCUUGCAUUCUAGGCUAGCUUGAUCAACUGAUGAGGGGGGACAAAUAAUCACUUGGCUUUCCAAAACUGACCCCAGCUUCCGAGGCUUAUUUCCUCCACAGUAAUAAAUAAGGUGGACUGAGGUUUUGGCACGACAUUUGCUUUUGUUUUGCUGCUACUGAAUUCUCCCAUUCUGGUUCCCUCUUUAAUUUGCUCUGUUCCAGGUCACACAUCCACUGGUAUUUUUAUUUUCAGGGAACAAAAUCUUAUUGGGCUGGUUCCCUCUCCCUAGGCUUUGCUUUUUUUUUAAAAAAACGUGUAACUUUAUUUUAAUCUCUAGUUCCUUAUGCUUGCAGGCCAGGCUGAACUUUUGUCCUCUGUGGCCUUUAGCUUUUUCAUAUUCAGAAUUUAUUUCAAAGCCAAGCCCUGUAAGAUCACGGUGAAACAUUCACUAUUGCUACACCUUAAUAUGGAAAGGAGGCAAGACUUCAUACUGUUAAAGAUGCACUCUUCCCCUUUGAAAGACAAGAGGCAGUGAAGUGGCUUAGGGCAUAGAGCCUCCUCUUGAAGCUUACCCAGCAUAGGCAGCGUUUGUCUUCCUCCUGCCUACAAUUUGCCUUUCCUUGGUGGUUCUUUGUUAUAACACCAAAGGAUGGUGUGUCGCCUGCAGGGUACGUAAGAAAUCCCUGUAUACCUGAACUGGCUGAGAGUCAACCUCCUCCAGUGACUAAUGAGUUGGGACCCUGAGGCCCUAGUCCCCUACCAUGUUUGAACACUAGUGGAAAAAUCCACUAUGGCCAGAGUAGUGCUCCUAAAAGGGAUUGGUGAGACAUUUCAAUCAUGAAGCUCUCAGCAGUGUAUUCUUAUAACGAUCUCCUAAGGCCUAGAGAUGAAGCUGUCAGAGAGAGAUUGUGAAGUUUGGAGGACUUUUUUCCACUGUGAACCUCUACAGCUGGGUUGUGUAUUUUCAGUCUCAUUUCUUGCUGUCUGCUGAUUUGUCUUAUGAUUUGAGGAUAGUGAUGAUCAGUCCUCAGCCUUCCUUUUUCUGCCUGUUUACCAAUUCACUGUUCCAGAGUCCUGAUGUGUUGCCAAAUAUGCAAAGACGGUUUGCUGAAGAGCACAAGAUAACUUCUCCAUUUUCCUUUUAUGGGGAUGAGGCUACAGCUUCACCCUUAGAGAGAAUUCUGCAAGGUAGACUUGGGACAUCAAUCAAAAACUGUUCAUGACAUCUGUGGUUUAGAAAGUCCCAGUGGACCUAUUGCAGUGUUUUUUCCCCUCUAUGGGGUAUUAAAAAAAAAAGUUAUCUUACAAGGUGUUCUGGAAAUACUCCAUUCUGAACUGCCAGAAAAAUAUUCAAUUUCAAAAUCAUCCUAUUAUGCGUUAAAUAAGAUUUUUCAGCUAAAUUAGGGUUACACUGGGGUCUUAUCUUAUGCCACAUGGCUCCUGGACCCAUUUAAGGCUUAACAGUUGUUUCCAAUUGUUUUUCACACACAGUUGUAGGCCUUACAUGAACUGUAACUUUGAGUUCUUCUUACAUUAUCAUAGUAAGUGCAGGGGUGUUCCGAAUGAAUGUGUGGGCACAUGCAUGGUAUGGUAUAGGGCCAGGAGCAGCAUCUCUAUACAAAAAUUGUAUUUGUCCACUCGAAUGAGAGUGGCCAUUCCUAGGCUCUGCACCAUUAGAGAGGUCUGUAAAGAAGCAGCUUCUAUGGAUGGAUCUAGGUACGCUUGUGGUAACAGCUGGUAAUCUUAAGUAACUGCCAACCUAUGUAAGCUUUGCAACUAUUUAACAGUGCUGUAAAUAACAGUAGCAAUGCCUCUGCUGCAAGAAAUGCCUGGGGUGUGUGUUGGGGGGGGGGAGGGGGUCUGUCUUGUGGAAGAGAGUAAACCAUUCCUGGUAGCUCAUAAGUAUCAUUCAUGGAUAGAUAUUUAAAGGAAGGGGCCUCUGCCCUGUGAUCUGCAGCACCUGUCUGUUAGAGAAGGCCUUUACUUUUAGUUGUAGCAGUUCCUGUAGAGGAAGGACAGGAGCCUCACCUUGUUUCAUGGAUCUGUGUCCUUGCCCUGUCUCUCUUCAUUUCAUGGUAAGAGAGCUGCUACUUCUGGACAGUUUGACCUGUUUUUAUAAUCUCUGGCAAAAGGCUGAGCCCAGACUUUCCUAAACAGAGGGGUACUGAUACACAUUUUGCCAGCAGCUAAAUUGUAUUAUGUUAAAUACUCUUCCCAUACAAGUAAUGGCUGAAGUUACUAUUGAGCUGUUCAAUCAUGAAUGGGAAGAGGGUGUUUACAUCAACCUCUACAUGUGGCCUAAACUUAUGAACCCCCUGAUCUAGCAAAUUCACUGUGAAAAAUAAUGCAUUUUACCAUGUUCAGCAAUAACCUCAGGCCGGAGGGGCUUAGGUGGAGGAAGACACUUUCCCUAGUCAGUGAGUAAGUUUACUUAGCUUCUGGUCUUUAAGGUUCUUCUGCCUGUAUUCUACAGUAGAAAGGCCCUAGUGCAGAUCAGUUUUUGCAGGGAUGAUGUACACACCCACCUCAAGCUUGCAAUUUGCCUUCCUAGUUUGGUAGUGAAUAGUUUUCCCAUUGCAAAAAUUGAUUCUUUGCUGUAGGGGUGACUGAUAGAAUUUAUUUUUAAGUGAAACUUUUAAAAGCCAGAGGAAACUGGUUCAUAAUCCAAAGGAAUAUACUGAUCUGAACUAAUAAAUAUAUUAAAAUAGUCAAGUGCUUUAUGUACAGUGUACACAUUUGUUCAAAUAUUUUGAAAGUUAAUGUUCUACUUGAAAUGGAUUCUAUUAAAUUCUUUAAAUCCUAGUAAAUAGACUAGUUUUGGUACAGAGUUCUGCUUUAUAAUUUUAUAAUAAAGUGAAAAUUUGAUUUAUCCAA